AUGCGCACUUCCACGCUGAUCAUCGUGAGCCUUGUACUGGUGAUGUACUUGGUCGUGGAUUUGGUUGCCGCCCAAAACUGCAAGGGAAAGCCUCGUACCCCAAAAUGCGUUGGAUUGAUGGAUCAGGGAAAUAACAGCAAGCGGAAGUGCAAAAAGCAGGCCAACCGAGUCAUGUGGAACUACAAUGCGGCACUGAACAGGACUUGCAUCCAAAUGGAGUACAAGGGCUGUGGGGGUAAUGACAAUCGGUGGUGCACCAAGCAGGCAUGUGAGACAGCAUGUCGAAGGUGAAGCUGCUGCU